AUGCUUCCGCUGGAGCCUUUCGAGUGUCGGACAGCUUUGGAUAUACAGCGGGCUCUUACGGGGGCCGCUUCAGAGGAAGUGGUGCUUUCAGAGGUGGAUGACUUGGACCUUUGCAUGAAGGAACUGCUUUCCAACGCUGAUGCUAUGACCAUGAUCACAUCACUCAAGCUUGUCUCCUUGUCCUUGGGCGCUCAUCAUUUGGAGCUGCUUGGUGAAGUACUGGGCGGCUCAAGUGAUUGGAGACCAGCGCCCGUGGAUGAAGGCGAAGAGACCGAAGAAGUGCAAAUGGAUCUUUUUGAUGAUGUCCAGGAUGCCGUGCAGGCAGCUAGCCCUUGCCAAGAGAAAUCUUUAGAAGAAGAUGUCGAGGUCAAAGGCCAGCAGCUCAAGUCGCUGCAAAUCUUGAGAUGCCCUGGGCCAUCCAGUGAUGCAUGGUCACCUUUGUGGCAAAGCUUGCCCACGAGCCUGACAGAAUUAGACAUCUCUGAGAAUAGCCUCAGUGACCAUGCAGUUGCCGCCCUUUGCGGAGCUUUGCGUCAACGCAGCAUGCGCUUGACCUACUUGACCUUGCAAGGAAACCGAUGCAAAGACGUGCAACGCCUUGCAGACUUGAUUUCCCGUGGAGGUGUGGAGAUCCUUGACCUUGCGGAAAAUCUCCUGAACGACAAGAGCAUCCAGCAGCUGUGUGAAGCUUUGCCGUCGCCCAGCUGCAGACUUGUUAGCUUGCGUCUCGAUGACAAUCGGCGCAUCACUUCCUCUGGGUUAUCCGGGCUUUUCGACUUACUUCCCAGGACUGGGAUCCGCUCCCUAGCAUUGCGUCGCACUUCUAUGUGCGACAAAGGUGCAGCCGCCCUGGCGACCAGCUUGGGAAAGUGCAAGCUAAGCUAUUUGGACAUUGCCGGCCAUCACUUCUCGCUGCCGCUAGUGCAGGAGCUGAUAGCCGCCGUCGAAGAAGCAUCAGGAGUUUCCAGUCUUGUUCUUGAUGACGCUUAUCAGCAAGUUCAUUGGAAGCGAUGUCAGCAGCUCUCAGAUAUCCUGAGUGGAGGGAUGAAUGCCCCGGAUGAAGCCGGCAAAGCUGCGCUGAAACUGACAGCUGCUGAGAAAAGCCUGAAGGUCGGCAAGGCACAAGAAAGCCUCAAGGACUCCGAAGCUGCCUUGGAGAUCUUCCGAAGCCUCGGAGCAGACGGGGAGGGCCCGCUCCCAGAUGUGCUUCGCCUGGUCAUUGAUGGGAAGCGCAUGCUCGCAGUGCAGCUUCAACAGGAGCUAACAGAAGUACAGCAAUUCGCAGAGGCCGAGAAGAACAACUUUGCUCAGGCCGGCAACCGACGAGGAGAGGCAGCGAUGCUGAUCUCUUUGGCUGAGAUCGCCCUUAGCCAGUGCAGCAGGCCUUAUGCUAGUGGACCAGUUCCACCUGUGAAGCCUCUCGAGGAGGCCCUCCACAUGCUGCGUGAUGCUAGUCCUGGUGAUAAGAAGUUUGGAGACCUCAGCGGCAUAUCACCCGCGCGCAUCUAUGUUUUUGCUGACCCUGGUCAGUACGAGCAGUACAAAGAAGGGCUAAAGAGCCUGGGUAUCAAUGUGGUGAAAGGCCGGCGGGGAAUUUGCAACCAAAGGAAUGCAAUCAUGCAACAUUUUAAGCCCGGCGACCGGAUUGUAGAGAUGGAUGACGACAUCAAAGCUCUUGUGACAUCUACUGGAUCUGUCAGAAGUGACACAGAUGCCACGGUGGUUGACGUGCCGCACAAAAAUCUUGAGGGGAUAGUCGACCACAUUUGGGAAGUCGCAGACAGGGAAAAUUGCAAGCUGUGGGGCGUGUACCCAUUGCCAAACACGUAUUUUUUGUCCAGAACCUAUACCGUGGGACUUGCAAAAAGCACUGGACAGAUGCAGGGCUAUUACAAUCCUGGUGACCUUUUGUUGACGUUGCCAGUGAUGGAGGACUAUGAGAGGGUCUUGCACUUCUACAGCCGGGGGAUGCAUUGUUUGAGGUGUGACUACCUGAGUGUCAAGUCUGAAAACAAGGCUCGGGGCGGUUGUGACUCCGCUUUCACGGACUACAUCCUCGAAGAAACUGCGAAAGGGAAGGUGUUUCGGCACCCACGGGAAGCUGCAGAGUCGGCAGCUGUGAAGAACUUGCAAGCUCGUUUUCCAUCACUGGUGGUGAAGAAUCUUUCGGGUCCCAAGCCAGUGGAGAAAAAGGUGCCAGUUCAUGGCCAGGUUCAAUACUAUCCUCCAGGCUGGCGCAUCCAGUUGAGAAAACAAGGUGGAACAUCUUACAUUUCUGCAAUGGAUGUCUCCAGCACCUUCGCUGCACAAUUGGGUUUGGGAAGCAACGUGAAGCCAAUGGAGACAGUUGUCAACGGCAACAUCAUAGAUCUCAAAAGAGACCCACGCCCAGAAGUGGAGGGUGGAGAGGACACUGAGAAAGAGGCGACUGACAGUGAGAGCACGGACCGUGCGAUCGACCUGUGGAUUUUGAAACAACUGGAGGUUCAGGAACUGCGUGAUUUGUGCCAAGAAGCCGGUCUCAAGGAUGGCGGCACACGAAAACAACUCAUCAAGCGCUUGGUGAAUCCCGAGGACACGCAGAAGCCACGUGCGAAGCGGCGCAGAGCGUCCCAAUCUCCGAAAGGCGAAGUCGGGAACGAGGCGACGUCACGGAGGGAUUUGGAGAGUUUCAACGACCAGGAGGAAUUAGACAGAUUGGAGGCAUUCUUGGCAGCACGUGAAGCUACAGAAGCACAGGAAGCCAAUGAAAGAGCUGAAAGAGAGCGGGCUGAAAGGCAGCGGGCUGAAAGCGAGCGGGCUGAAAGCGAGCGGGCUGAAAGAGAGCGGGCUGAAGAGGAAGCCAGGAACAAAGAGCGUGAAGUGGCGCAGAGACUUCAAGCAAGCCACGCCAUGCAAGCCUUGCUACAAGUGGAGGCAGCGAGAGAAACCCAGCGCAUUCUGGACCGCCAGGCGGAGCAAAUCGUGGAAGCCGGCCGCGCUGCUAUGACUGGCAGACCUGAUCCAACGUCUCCGGCCGCUCGAAUUUGGCAGCCGCCACCCUCCUUCCGUCAGCUUCGGCAUUUGAUGCCCCGCUUCCACCCUCCUUCCAGCCACGAGCCGAGGCGCUUGCACCCCUGGAUUGGGAAGCUCUCAGACGAAGCUCCUUAA